AUGGAAUUUAUGUUGCGACGUCGCCGACCUGGGAAACUACGAGAACAUCUUUUAACACAGUUGUGUACCGCGAUUGACGCUGGAGCAGGGCGAUUCGCGCCCCGCAACCGCCUCACGAGGAUUUGGGCCCCGGAGGUACUCGAGGAAUUCGCCUUCCACGAGGGGUUGCGUCUCCCCUCGUCAUCAUUCGUCGAAGACAUCCGCAGAGAUUUCUUACAGACCAUUUCGAUCCUGAUCUAUGUGAACUGGGAUGACUGGACGCGUUUUAAUGACAUCUUCUUCUCGCAUCAGGGCCCCGAUCGGAAAUUGGAUCGGACGGAUCGUCACAUCCCCGAAUACGACCUACAGAGCCUGCAAAGUGACAAUUUCCUAGGCCCCGGGGCUGGAUCUCGGUUCUAUGAUAAUCGGUAUAUUUUCUGCCCGAUCGACAUCGUGGAAGACAGUAAUUUGAAGCGGGAGGAUGGCUGGAGGUUACCGUUUCUGGCGGGGAGAUCCGAAGCCUGCGGAAGUGGAGGGUUUGGGAGAGUCACCAAAGAGGUAAUCGCUGCCAGGCAUUACCGCUCUAAGGGAGUACUUCACUGGACCGAGAAAAGUGUUGCUCGCAAGCUGUUCAAGUCCAAACCAGACUACGAGCGAGAGCUUUUCAAUCUCCGAGCGCUUCGUGAAUGCGACGGUCAGAAUGCACGCAUCGUCCUCCCUCUCGCAACGGUUAUCAUUGGGAGUCAGUUUAACAUCUUGUUUCCCUUGGCGAGAAUGGACCUCGACAGAUUCCUGAAUGGGGCACUGCUGCCACCAGCCAAGUGCGAUAUGAGCGAGCUGCUCGAAGAAUUGAUUAGUCUGGCCGGUGCGCUGGCUCAUCUGCAUACAGGGCUCGGCUAUAACAUCCACGGCUGCCACACGGAUCUGAAGCCCGCCAAUAUCCUUGUGUAUAUGAAACAUGACACAUCUAGACGACCUCAGAUUGGGAAAUGGAUGAUCACCGACUUCGGACUCUCCAUCAUUAGCCGCAUAGAGCGCCGGGGUAGCGGAGAUGGUCUUCCCAUGGAGUCCAUCACCGAGACGAUGACCCAGCUCCAGCGGAUGCGCGGUACUUAUCAGGCACCAGAGGUUUGCCAUGGUCUCGGAAUCAGUCGAAGCAGCGAUAUAUGGUCAUUUGGCUGUAUCUUGGUCAGGGUACUUGCCUUUAAGCUGGACGGGAUACAGGGACUCCGAAGAUUAGAUGAACUCCGACGGAAGGACGAUGAUGGGAUUACGGAUUAUGCAGGUCGUCAUGAUUAUUUCAACCGGGGGCAACCCGCAGUGCUGAAUCCUCAUAUUGCCAACUGGAUUAGGGAUCUACCAAAGCACCAUCUAAACUACAGUGACGAGUUUCUGAAGGGUUGUGCUAACAUGCUAUUGCGUACUUUGAGCAUUAACAAGCACGAUCGGCCAGAGGCGAGUGUAGUCCAACAACUCCUGGGAGAACUCAAAUUGAUCCUUCAUACAUCCCCGCAUACACAUCUUCAGCCGACCUCCUCGAUGGACUCGAAUUCGGAAUAUUCUUCCACAGGCCCACCUUCGUCCCGAUCACCCAGUUCAUCCGUGUCCGAUCCGACGUCCGUGUACAGCCGCGGUCUUGCUGUUCUGACGGAUGAUUUGGUUGCUGCGAUAGAAAAUUGCGAUCUGGCAAGCGUUGAGAGAUCUUUAAGUCAGAAUGUGGACAUCGACAGGCCCGACAGCAAAGGGAAUAUCCCUUUAGGAAUUGCCGCCCGUCUGGGCAAUGCGCCAGUCGUUCGGCGUCUGCUGGAAGCGAACGCCAGGGUCGAUGCAAGGUCCCCAAGGGGGGAGACGCCGCUGAUGAUAGCAACACGCAACGGUCACAAGGACGUCUCCAAGCUACUUUUGGAGCAAGGAGCGGAUUGCCGGGUUUACUCCGACGACGGAUUGACAUGUCUUCAUUACGCAACCUGGUCUGCCGCCAGCGCAGAACUCAUCCGACUGUUGAUUCCGUCAUUUCAGACCGUUGACGUUCCGAUGAAAGGGUUCAACGAGGAAAUGCCCCUGAUGACUCUGGUCAAGAACUUUGUUGACAAUGACGCUUGGGAAGAUAAGUUUAGGACCUUUGUUGGCGCCGGGGCAAAUGUCAACCAGGCCGACAAAUUUGGAAAAUCACCGCUGGAAUGUGCCGUGAGAGAUGGCUCCCUCAGGGCCGUGAAACUGCUUGUGGAUCACAACGCAGUCAAGGUAGAUUUACCCGGUAUUCCUCAAUCACCCGCUAUAAAGGCACUCUUGAGAAACGCAUCGAUGCCGCAUCGGCCAAGCGUUGAUAGCAGUCGAUCACGGCGUUCCAGCUUCUUACGGAGGUGA